AUGGGUAUUUGUGGAGGUAGUUCUAAAAGUUAGGAAGACUAAGUUCACAAAAUGAACCAACCUAUUAUAACCAAUGGAGAAUUACAGAUUAAAGUAUUGUUAAAGAACAUUACUUUAAAAAUGACAGGUGUGAGACAAUGCUCUAUUGAAUUUGAUUUAGGGUAGUGUAAGUACACAUCGCCAGUCCAUAUUGAUAAUAAUGGAGAUCAUUAUGUAUUAAAUUCAUCGAAGGAAGUGGCGAGCUAGUUUUGAUGGAACCUUAAAAAUGACUGAGUAGCAGAUGCGAGAAUCCUAGAUGAAAAUCUCAGUGAUCGAUACUUAAGUAAUUGGAUAAGCCACCAUCAAUUUAUUUGAAGCUGCAGUAGGUCCAUUUCAUUUUCAAUUACCUAUCAGAGGAAAAAAUAUUGGCAAUGUUAGCUUUGAUUUGAAAAUGAAUCAAAUUGUAUAAGCAACACUUUAAAGUAAGUUUAUUAUUUGGGAAUUAAACUAAAGUCUAAGUGAUGUUAGAUACAAUUAUAAUUUACGUCUAGUGGUAAAAAUUUAAACUAAAAUAAAAGACUUCAUAAUUCUCAUUCAUCUCUGAACAUUCAACUACUUUUGUGAAUCCAAAUUAUAGAAAAUAAAAUGAAAAAUAAAGAAGUAUGCUAUCUUAAAGUCGUAAAAGUAUAUUAGAUUAAGAAGUAUUAAGAGAUUCAAUUAUAUCAAUACCAAAAAUACCUUCUAUGUUAAAUAGUAGUGGAGGUAUAAAUCAUUCUCUCGAUUCGAUAAUUGCAGCCACACCAACAAAUAAAGGAUAAUCAUCUGCCUCAUAACCUUAUCAUAGAAUAGAAUGGGAUCAUGCUGGCGAUGAAUUAACUUUAAUAGUAGAAUUACCAAUCUCAGAAUUUUAAGGUUCUGCUAUCCAAAUAUGUUUAUGGUCUAUUUCAUCAAAUAAAAUUAGUUUAGAAAAUAGUAAAUCUUCUCAUAAAACAAUUAUAAAAAAGACACUAAAUAAACAUGACUCAGAAUAUAUGGAUCUAGAAAUAUAAGAUCAUCAUUUGGUAGCAGAAACAUAUAUUAAUUUAUCAAAUUUAGAAACUAACAUUGUUGCUGAUUUGGGAGCUAAAUUUUUUAUUAUAAGUACCUAAUAAGCAAAAUCAAUAUGGUAUCAUGGUGUUGAGGUUGGUAAAAUAGAUUAUGAAAUAAGUGUAAGAUUACCAAAUUAUUUAUAAUAAUCAUCAUUUGGUGUUUAAACAGAAAAGGGCAUAGUUUCAACUGCUUCUGUAGUAGGAAAUGUUGAAAAUAUAAGUGUUACAGAAAUUAAGAUGAUUUAAUUUGAGUUUUAAAAAUUAUCAAGUUCUAUUUUUAAAAUAGAACACAAAACAUUAAAUAUGGAUGAUAAAAUUAAGGUUCGUUAAGAUAUGGAACAAUAAUUAGGUAAGUUGGCUUAAUUAUUAGGAUAAUCACAUGCAACUAAUAUUAAAACAUUUCAAUAUAAGUCUGAAGAUGAUUUAAUGAAGGCUUAACAUUUAUUAGUUCAAUUAUCUAUACAUUUAGUAGAUUAUUCAAAAACAUUGGCUUCAUUUAAUUCUUAUUUUGAAUGUUUAAAUUUAGUAUUAAGCAGAGGAGAAUUAAUGUUAUAAUAAUUAGGAUUUUUUAAAGCUUUAAGUAAGAAAUAAUCAGAAUUGAAAACAGAAGUAGGUUUAAAUUAUUAAUCAUUUUUGGUGAAUACUCUUCGAUUCACAUUAUAAAAAUUAAAUUAAAAGGAUCCAAGUCAAUAAGCAAGAUAAUUAUACAUAAAAUUUUUAGUGAUAAGUUAUUUUCGAAUACCAGAAUUUAGAGCAAAGUUCCUUGAAUUAAUUAAUAAAGCUGAUGAUCCAUAAUUAUCAGAAUUAAGAGGGACAGAAUUUAUAUAAGAAGAUGAUCCAACAAAUAUUGAUAAAAGUACAAAGAGCAAUAUUUCAAUUUUUGAUUGGUAGAAUUAUUUUCAUACUUAUUUAUCUGAUAAAGCAAAAGGAAUAUAAAAUUAAUCUAUUUUGAAUUAAAUAUUAGAUGAUGAAAGUUGGAAAGAACAUAUAAGACAUAGAUCAAUAAAUUUUUGUUUUUUUGUAGAGGAAUGGGCACAAUACGUAAGAAACAUUUUGCAAGUAAAAAUUAUUCCUUGGUAAGAUAUUCCAGGAUAUAGAAUAUUGGUAAAAGCUUUUAUGUGUGAAUUAAAGUAGUAAGAAUCAAUUCCAGAUGCAAUGAAAAUAGCUUUGAAAAGUUUACUUUAGAAUGUUAAUUUACUUGGAAUAGUAGUUAGUUUACAAUUUAAUAAAACAAAGUAUUUAAUGUAAUAAAUAAGUUUAUAUAAUGCAGAAUAAGUGAUAGAGACAUUUGAAAUAUUAGAUAUAUGUUUUAGUACAUUAACAACAAUGCCUGCUUAUUUUGAUUAUCCAUUUUUUUUGAAAGGAAUUAAAUAAAUAAUAAUAGAUUCAGAACAUGCAAUGAGUAUAGCUAAAUGUGUAUGGCUAAUUUACAAUAUAUAUCCUUUAUUUUCAAGUAAUACUAAAAGUUUAAAAAUUGAAUAGUAGACUUUAAGAAAGAUAUUUGUGAUUUUUUAUUCGAGAAGGCAGUUUUUAAAUUGUUUUUACAUUGGAGUAGAACAGUGAGAUUAGUAUUUCAUUACUUUUUACUUUAUCGUGUAUCACAUCAACAUAAAAAUCCGAAAGUUGGAGGAUUAGAUGAAGAGUAAUGAAUUAAUAAUAAAGGUUUAGAUAGAUUAUACAUCAAUAUACUUUGAUUAAUAGACCAAAGAAGAAUUAGAGUUAUUUUGAGAAUCGUUAACCACAAUAAUAAUUAAUUGUAAGGUGUAUGAAUUAUGAUUUUAGUCUGAUUACAUUUAUGUGAAAUAUUUAAGAUUCUUAAGUAAAUUAGAAUAAGCAAAAAUAAACGAGAAUUAAAGAGAAUAUGAAUAAGAUCACAAAAACUAUUAUUUAAAGAUGGUCCAUAAAAAAUUGAGAAGAGAACAAGAAUUGAGAAUAUAAUAGCAAGAGGAACCAAAGAUAACUGAAUAAUUAAAAUUAGAAAGAUUGGUUUCAGAAUAUGAUGAUUCAUAAUAAAAAUAGAAUUAAUUGAAACCAGUGAUUGUUCCUCGAACUGUUAUGCAUAAAAAAUUGAGUUGUAAAACAUUAUGUCUAUUAUUUUCUAGAUAAACAUGAAAUUGAAAUAAAUAAUAUGCAAUAACCAUAUGUAAGAGUAUCCAUUCGAGAAUUCGAAGAAUAAUUAAAGAAUUAUAAUAAUUGGAGAUAAUAAAAUUUAAAGAAUAUGAUGGGUAAAUAUACUGAAGAAGGUAUUUAUAUAUAUAUUUUAUUAAGAUAAACAUACAAUUCAUCUAACUUUUGAGGUUCCUAAAGUUGAUGUUUUGAAAAGGAUAGAUGAAAAAGAAGGUGCUUGA